GCUCUGACGGGCCAUGGGCUCCUCCAGGCCAUCGCGUGCUUGAUGGACAUGAACGCGCUGCUGGACCGAUUCCACAACUACAUCCUGCCGCACCUGCGGGGCGAGGACCGCGUCUGCCACUGCAACUGCGGCCGGCACCACAUCCACUACGUGAUCCCGUACGACGGGGACCAGUCGGUGGUGGACGCCUCCGAGAACUACUUCGUGACAGACAACGUCACCAAGCAGGAGAUCGACCUCAUGCUGGGGCUGCUGCUGGGCUUCUGCAUCAGCUGGUUCCUCGUGUGGAUGGACGGCGUCCUGCACUGCGCCGUGCGCGCCUGGAGGGCGGCCGGGAACAUGGUGCACGUGAAGCAGAAACUCUACCACAACGGCCACCCGAGCCCGCGGCACCUUUAAGCCGCGCGCAGGACUCUCGGGGCCGCCGGCCACCGCGCCCACGUACACGGGACUGGACGGCCGCCGGGGCCGGGGUGCCCUG